UAUAUCGAACUUACCCUCACCAACCUCAACCGCCUACUGACAUCCCUUCUCCUCCGCGUGGGAAGUGUCAAAUUUGCUAUAACCAAUCAGAAAGGUUGAUAACCUUCUGGCUUUUGUAUGUUUUUGUAGUUGUGUUAGUUUUUGCUGAACGUAUUUAUCCUAUUUUUGUUAUUGUUUUAAGUAAAACAAAUUUUAACUAACUGAAAGAUUGCAGUGGAAGUUUUAGUUUUAAUAUUUACAUUCUUAAGUGUUUGAUUAGGUUAUGUUGUGGUGUAUAAUUGAAAUUUUAGUUUAUUAAAGUAGGAUAAAGAUGGGAAAGCACGAAGUGGGGACUCCUAAGUAUAUUGCCAAUAAAAUAAAGGCAAAAGGUUUACAAAAACUGAGAUGGUAUUGUCAAAUGUGUCAAAAACAGUGUCGUGAUGAAAAUGGUUUCAAGUGCCACACUAUGUCAGAAUCUCAUCAGCGGCAAUUGCUGUUGUUUGCUGAUAAUCAGAAUACAUAUUUAAAUCAGUUCUCAAAAGAAUUUUGUGAUGGUUACCUUGAACUCCUUAGAAGACAGUUCGGAACCAAAAGAGUUCAUGCCAAUAGGGUAUAUCAAGAGUAUAUUUCUGACAGACAUCACUUACACAUGAAUGCAACCCAAUGGGAAACCUUAACAGAUUUUGUUAAGUGGUUAGGACGAGAAGGCAAAUGUGUUGUGGAUGAAACAGAAAAAGGAUGGUUUGUUACCUACAUUGAUCGUGAUCCUGAAACAAUAAGACUGCAAGAAGCAUUAGUCAAAAAGGAGAAAAUGGAUCGUGAUGACCAUGAAAGAAUGAUGAAAAUGCUUGAGAAACAAAUAGAGAGAGGCAAAAACUUGGAUUCUAAAGUUCCUGAACAUACUCCUACAGAUUUGGUAAGAAAUGAAAAUGAAAAAAUCACACUUGCUCUUAAUACUUUUAAGAAACCAGAACCUAUUAAAAUUGACCUGAAAGGCUCUGCUCUUUCUAAGCUAGCUGUUGAAUCUAACAGUAAAAAAAUGAAGAAAGAAGAAAAAAGAAAAUUAUCUGCUUUAGACCAAAUUAUUCUUGAAGAAGAAGAAAAGAAAAAGAAAGUUAGAAAGAAAGAAAACUGGAUUACUGAAGAUAUUGUUGUCAAAAUAGUCACUGAUUCACUUGGUGACAGAUAUUUUAAUAAAAAAGGUGUUAUAAUUGAAGUUAUUGAUAAAUACGCGGCUCUGGUGAAGAUGUUAGAUUCAAAUCACAAGUUAAAACUGGACCAGUCACAUCUAGAAACGGUUAUUCCUAAGCCAGGAAGAAAAGUGAAAAUUCUAAAUGGUGCAUAUACUGGCUUGAUUGCAGAACUUGUUGAUAUAAUCCCAGAAGACUUUAGUGUUUCUGUUAAAAUCUCUUAUGGUCCAUUAAGAGGGAAAAUGGUAAAUAAAUUACCUUAUGAAGACGUCAGUAAAUUAAUGACUGAAUAAUCUCUGUAACGGUUUAAUGUAUAAAUUCUGUAUUGACUCAUGUAUUUUUAAAAUGUUGAGCAUAAAAGUGAUCGUAAGAAAACAUUUCAUGGAAACUACUAUAAACAUCUUGUAUAUUUGUGUAAAUCUACUUUCUUUUUUGUAAUUUUUCUUUGUUCUUUUUAAAUAUAAGUAAGCUGCAUUAA